AUGACGAACAGCUUCUUCGCCUCCGUGCGCGCGCGCGUGGCCCAAGUGGACUCCCUGCUGUGCGUAGGGCUGGACCCGCACGUCGCCGAGCUUCCGGAGCCCACGGCCGCGGCCGCGCAGGCCUUCUGCCUGCGCCUGAUCGAGCAGACGCAGCACGUGGCGGCCAUGUACAAGCCCAACUCGGCCUUCUUCGAGGCCUUCGGGGCCGAGGGCGUCAUGGCGCUGCACGCGGUGAUCCAGGCCAUCCCGCAGGGCAUCCCCGUGCUGCUGGACGCCAAGCGCGGCGAUAUCAGCACCACGGCGGCCGCCUACGCCGUCUCGGCCUUCGACGUGCUGCAGGCGCACGCCAUCACGCUCGCGCCCUACAUGGGUGCGGACUCGAUCGACCCGUUCACGUCCAACCCGAGCGCCGACGACUUCCAGACGCUGCCCGCGGGCUCCAGCGGCCGCGCGCUGUUCGAGGAAGUCGCGCUCAAGUGCGAGCAGUGGAACGCCGAGGACAACGUGGGCCUGGUGGUGGGCGCCACGGACGUGGACGCGCUGCGCCGCGUGCGCGCCGUCACGCCCAACCUCUGGAUCCUCGCGCCGGGCAUCGGCGCGCAGGGCGGCAACCUGGAGGAGGCCGUGAGCGCCGGACUGUCGGCGGACGGCAUGGGCCUGCUGGUGCCCGUGUCGCGCGGCAUUUCCAAGGCUGCGGAGCCCAAGCAGGCGGCGGAGGAGCUGCGCGACGCUAUCAAUGCUGUGCGCAAGAGCAAGGUGGGAGCUGCUGUGGUGGCCAAGUCGAGCGCCAACGAGUUCAUCAAGUUCGCGCUGUCGUUCGGCGUGCUCAAGUUCGGCGACUUCACGCUCAAGUCUGGCCGCAAGAGCCCGUACUUCUUCAACGCCGGACUGUUCCGCACGGGCCGCGCGCUCGGCCAGCUCGGCAAGUUCUACGCGCAGGCGAUCCACGACAGCGGCGUGGAGUUCGACGUGCUGUUCGGUCCGGCCUACAAGGGCAUCACGCUUGCGGCCGCGGUCGCCAUUGCCUACGCUGACAUGUACGGCGUGGACAUUCCCUUCGCCUACAACCGCAAGGAGGCCAAGGACCACGGCGAGGGCGGCGUGCUCGUCGGCGCCGACAUGACCGGCAAGAAGGUCCUCAUCAUCGACGACGUGAUCACCGCCGGCACUGCCAUCCGCGAGGCCUUCGCUAUUCUUGAGAAGACCAACGCGCAUGUCUCGGGCGUCUGCAUCUCCCUGGACCGUCAGGAGAAGGUGUCGAUCGAGGACACGCGCUCGGCCAUUGACCAGGUGAGAGAAACGUUCGGCAUCCCCGUGGUCAGCAUCGCCACGCUCGACAACCUCGUGGGCUACCUCGAGACCGUGGACGUGGCCUCCGACGCCAACGCCUCGUACCUGCCGGUCAUCCGCGCUUACCGCGCCGACUACGGCGUGUCCAAGCAGUAG